CAAAACCUGAAGGGUACUCCCUUGCCCCCGCCGCUCCUCUUGCUAUCCGUCUCUACCACGCCCUGUGUGAAAAAAAGGGGAGGGCAAGAGGAAGGGAAAACAAAAAGAAGAAGAAAGCAAGACAACAGGCCGGCUCGACGGACGAGAGCAAUAGGAACCGGAGAUUGGCGAGGAUAGCGACCGACGGAAAUGGACAGCAGCAAAAGCACUGGCUGAACAAGCGAGAGCAUACGUAGAACGACUGGCGUCGCCACGAGACGGCAUUUGAGGGUGCGACGGCCUUCCGGUCCGAAAAGUGCGGGCGUCUCGUCCUGGAAAGAGGGCCGGAGUCGCGAGAGAGAAACAGAGAAACGAACGAUGAAGGAUGGCAGCGAGGGCCUGGCGGAGCUCGUCAUGGCAGCGCAGGCUUACCUCGGCCAAGGCUCCGUGGACGACGGGUACCGGUACGAUUGGCAGCAGCUCGGUGCGAGCAGCAACCACAGCAAAGGAGCAGGAGGCAACAGUAUGGCGUGGACAAGUGAGGCGUGUCAGCAGUGCCCGCCUGUCGCAACGGCGACUGCGAUGGCUGGUGCGACAAUGACGGGAUGCUUGGGAGCACACUCGCACCUGGAUCCGUGCUGCAUUGCGCCAUGUCCCGUUGCCAGCAGCAGCGGUAGUGGCAGCAGCAGCAGCGGUGCUAAUAGCAACAGCAACAGCAGCGGUGGCAGCGGAGGGCCCUUGUCUUCGUCAGCGACUAUGAUCGCUCCCUCGCCGGCGGCCGCCUGCUGCGGUGACUCGGCUGCCCCUGCGACGGGACCGCUCUGCUGCGCCGAGGACCAGCCAGCGCAGAUUAUCGAGUGCCAGGACGAGGCAUGCAUCGACGAGCUGGACUGCAUGGGCCACGACGCCCCAGCUGCAGCACCGUGCGACGGGCGACCGGGAGAGCAGUGCAUCAGUGUAUGCGACGGCAUCAUGGCCCCACCGGCGUCUUCCUCGUCUCUGCGGCCAGGCGCCCGGCGCGGGCCCUCGCCAUGUGCCAAUCCAAAGCAGAAGCAGCAUCCACCGUCACAACAGCUGCAGCACCUGAAGCAGCACCACGCAGAAGAAGACAGCGGGACAAGCGAGACAAAGUGCGAGACAAAGUACUGCGCCUCGUGCGAAAAGGCCGAUCGCACCGACGAGGACGCACGCAACUUUAGCAGCUUCCAGGAGCUGCUCGACUGCUGCUGCUGCUCCGACGUCUACCUGGACCAGUGCUGCGGCGUCGUCGAUGGCGCUCCGGUCAAUGCGGCCGUCGACGGCAGCACGGCCUCCAUUGCCGAUGACUGCGACGAGUGCUUUCCCCUGCCGAUGACGAUGCUGCCACCGCCGCCGGCGUCGCUGCAGCCGCAUCACGCUUGCAUCGACGACGUGAUGCCCGUCCAGGGCUCGCCCAUGACGACCGUGACGGCCUCUGCGUCUGCGUCUGCGUCUGCGUCUGGCUCACGCUCGCGCUCGGCCUCGCUCUCUGUCUUUUCCUCGUCGAUGCACAACUCGCCCGCCACCGUCUCUUCGUUUGCCGAUGCCGCUGCGACGGCAAAGACAGAGGUGCACCCACAACCCCAGCCACAGUCGUCAAAGCACCACCGUCGCCGUGCAGGCGCCCAGCUUCCUGGUUCCCAUGACGACCACUUCUUCUUCCAGCAGCAACAGCAGCAACACGACGCUGGACCGCGCUGCCUGUUUGCCCAUGCCCACAGCCACGACGAGACGGGCAUGUGCCUCGACCCGGCGCUGACGCUCCACAGCAGCAGCGCCUCGCUCGGCUCUUCCACCCCUGCUCCGUCGUCCUCUUCGUCGCAGCAGCAGCAUGGUCUCCACUGGUCUCCUGCCGGCGACCACGUGUGCCAGUGGGCCGGCUGCGGCGUCCGGUGCGCCUCGGUGUCGGCGCUGGCCGAGCACGUCAACCGGGCCCACCUCGUCGCGCAUGCGUCGACGACGGAGGACCCGCACGGGGCACAGCACUACGCCGCUGCUCAGCAGCUGCUCGGCCACACGCAACCGUCCGACGAGCUGGCGUGGCGCUGCCUCUGGGACUCGUGCAGCCAGCCCACGCUCGACGGCGCCGCGGUGGGCAGCAGCCAUGGCGUGGACCCUGCUGCGGCGACGGACCUCGUCCUGCGCCACAUCCUCGACAGCCACCUCGGUGUUGCGCAGGAAGACUGCAGCCAGCCUGAUGAGCAUGGCGCGCACACACACCUGCCCCUGCCAAUGCAUGCAAAGACUGCCAAGAAGCGAGGCGCACCGCAGGCAGCGACACGGAGGAAGAAGCUGCGGGAGAUCGACGAAAAGAAGCAAGACGAGGAUGGAGAGGAGAGCGAGGAAGAGCAAGGAAGCGCUCAGAGCAAGGGCAAGGAGGAAGAGGAAGAAGGAGAAGAAGACGACUUCGACGAGGCGGCCCUCGCCCACGACUGCGGCUGCCCGCACGACGGCACGGCAGGCCACCCGUGCCGGUGGGAGGGCUGCGCGCGCUCGUUUGGCACCCACGACGCCCUCACCGCGCACAUCUCCACCGUCCACAUCGGCCGGGGCCGGGCGCAGUACGAGUGCCGCUGGCAGGGCUGCACCCGGGGCCCCGAGCGGAGCUUCUCGCAGCGCCAAAAGGUCAUGCGCCACGUCCAGACGCACACGGGCGACCGGCCCUUUCGCUGCACCGUCUGCGCGCGCCGCUUCUCCGAGGGCAACACGCUGGCCCAGCACAUGCGCACCCACACGCGUGAGAAGCCGUACGUGUGCACGCACCCGGGCUGCGGCAAGGCCUUUGCCGUCGCCGGCAGCCUCACCAUCCACCGGCGCAUGCACACGGGCGAGAAGCCGUUUGAGUGCGCGUGGUGCGGCCGCCGCUUCGCCGAGAGCUCCAACCUGACCAAGCAUGCGCGCAUCCACACGGGCGAGAAGCCGUUUCGCUGCCCCGAGGACGGCUGCGGGCGCACCUUUAGCCGGCCCGACCAGGCGGCGCGGCACCGCAAGACGCACGAGCGCGCCCGCCAGCGCGCGGCUGCCAAGUAA